AUGACAAAUAUUCUGCCGGACUCGUUUCAAAUGGAUGACCGCGAACGGAAUCAGGCUAAUACCCAUCACCACCACCAUGGCCAUCAUGGUCAUGCACACAGCAACAAUGCGCCAAUUAAGACAAGAAGGUCGUUUCUGAAUAUGCUAAAUUUGGAUAAAAGAAUCUCUGCUAACAGCACGACAUCGUCAGUAGUCUCCAAUAGUUCCGUCAGUUCAUUGGAUUAUCUAACGUCUCCAGAGGUAAGUGAUGAUUCGAAAUUCCAAAAUGGAAUGUCAAAUCGAAGCAGCGAUAAACAAUAUAACGUUGAUUCCGUGAACAUCAUCACAGAUAGCAACAAUGCAAAUUUUAUCAUUACAAGCUCCAUUUCUCCUACAUGGGGUAGCAGAAGAGCAUCGCAUUCGAUGGCCAAUUUGAAAAAAUUCUUCAGGUCACCAAUAUCGAAGAAAAAGAAACAAAUCAAUAUGCAUGGCUCACCAACGACUACGACUAGCUCAGAUUAUGCUAUGAAUUCAAACCAUUCUAGUUAUUCCCAUAUAAAUGCCAAUCACCAUCGUCAACCUCAUCAUUCCCAAAGAACUGGAUCUGAACAGUUUGAGCAUUCAUCAAUUAUUAACUCAAUUUCUCCAAAUAAUCAAAGAAAUGUAGAACACAAACAGCAUACACAGUCUGCAAUCCCACCUACAAUCGAGUCCUCCCUGUCAUUAUCCAAUAAGGUAGAUAUUUUUCAUGAUGAUUCUAUUUUGGUUCAAAAAUAUGGUAAACUCGGUAAAUUACUUGGUUCUGGUGCUGGUGGUUCUGUCAAAAUCAUUAACAGAUCAUCAGACGGUGCUACAUUUGCUGUUAAGGAAUUCAGACCUCAGAAACCAAGAGAAUCUGAUAGAGAAUAUCACAAGAAGUGUACAGCAGAGUUUUUAAUUGGUUCUGUUUUACAUCAUCCUAAUAUCAUUGAAACCUUGGAUAUUUUUAUUGACUACAGACAUCAUAAAUAUUUUGAAGUCAUGGAAUAUUGUCCAGUUGAUUUCUUUGCAGUCGUCAUGUCUAAUAAAAUGUCCAGAAAUGAAAUAAAUUGCUGCAUAAAACAAUUAACAGAAGGUGUUAAAUACUUACAUGAUAAAGGAAUGGCUCAUAGGGAUUUGAAAUUAGACAAUUGUGUCAUGAAUAAAGAUGGUAUACUGAAAAUUAUUGAUUUCGGUAGUAGUGUAGUUUUCAAAUAUCCAUUUGAAAAAGAUACUGUAAUGGCGCAUGGUAUUGUUGGUAGUGAUCCUUAUUUAGCUCCAGAAGUGUUAACUUCUUCGAAUAGCUACGAUCCACAAAUGGUAGAUGUGUGGUCAAUUGCUAUUAUCUAUUGUUGUCUGAUGCUAAAGAGAUUUCCAUGGAAGAUUCCACAUCCAGAAACUGAUGAAAAUUUUAGAUUGUUCUGCUUACCAGAUGAGGUAGAACAUGAUUACGUUGAGUCAGCUAGAACCCACGAACUUUUAAUUAAAGAAAAAAUGAUGUCUAAAAAACUACAACAACAAGGUUAUAUCCCUGAGCAGCAGGAGUAUGUAUCAACUAAACAACAAUCUCAGCAGGUUAAUAAUAUAUCAUCUAUACCAUCCCAGCUUCCUCCUACAAAUACUGAAACCGAACAAGUUAAUUCCAGUUCCACAAAUCAUCGCGACAAUGGUAACACGCAUAGGAGAGUAGAAGGUCCAUACCGUUUAUUCAAAUUGCUUCCUCAUGCAUCGAGACCCAUCCUUUCUAGAAUGUUAGAGCUUGAUCCUAAGAAGAGAGCUACAUUAGAAGAUGUAUAUAAUGAUGAAUGGUUUUCCUCUCAAGCUUUCUGUACACAAAAUAAGAACAAAGAAGUUAUGAGAGCCCCAGGACAUCAUCAUACCAUUGUCACCGAACAAGAUGGAGUUGUCAAUGAAUACAGAAUAUGA